UUCCUCAGGCCGGAAGUAAGGAAGGCGAGGCUGGUCCUAUUCCGGCAAAAACUUUGGCGACCCUAGCGGGCGUCAUCGUGGGGAAGAGUGUUUGUGUAACACUGCAGGCUGAGCGGAAUGGGUGGGAUGGAGGCAGGUGUCAGUGCUGGGGCGCUCGGAAGGGACGGAUAUUGCUGUGACACUGCCGGGACGCUUUGAGGGGACCGUGUUGGUGUGGCACCGUUGCACGCUGAAGGAGCCGGCGGAACCAGGUGGCCAUGGGGAUGUGGGCAUCUCUGGACCCGAUGUGGGAGAUGCCGGCCGAGAAGCGUAUCUUCGGGGCCGUGCUGCUCUUCUCCUGGACGGUGUAUCUCUGGGAGACCUUCCUAGCACAGAGGCAGAGACGGAUAUAUAAAACAACAACUCAUGUACCACUGGAGUUAGGACAGAUCAUGGAUUCAGAAACAUUUGAGAAAUCUCGACUUUAUCAGCUGGAUAAAAGUACCUUCAGCUUCUGGUCAGGACUCUAUUCAGAAAUUGAAGGCACUCUUAUUCUUCUCUUUGGAGGAAUCCCUUAUCUCUGGAGACUUUCUGGACGGUUCUGUGGCUAUGCUGGCUUUGGACCAGAGUAUGAGACUCCUGCUCCUGACCCGUCAUAUGUGGUAUUGCAGUUUACUUACAUAGUCUCUGCAUUGCUUCAAAAAGGAUUUAAGGUUCUUCUGACAUUUACUUUCCAGGUGCUUGUCACAAUCUAUGCUGAUUAUAUUGCUCCUUUAUUUGACAAAUUCACACCUCUGCCUGAGGGAACGCUUAAACAAGAAAUUGAAAUAAUGGCAAAAAAUAUUGACUUUCCUUUGACUAAGGUGUAUGUUGUUGAAGGAUCUAAACGCUCUUCCCACAGCAAUGCCUAUUUUUAUGGCUUCUUCAAGAACAAGCGAAUAGUUUUGUUUGACACUCUCCUAGAAGAGUAUUCUGUAUUAAACAAAGACAUCCAGGAGGAGCCUGGCAUGGAACCCCGCAAUGACGGAGAAGGGGACAGUGAAGAAAUAAAAGCUAAAGUUAAAAUGAAUUCUUUCCUGUGUUUCUUCUUGUUUGCUGUAUUAAUUGGUCGAAAGGAGCUUUUUGCUGCAUUUGGUUUUUAUGACAGCCAACCCACUCUAAUUGGACUAUUGAUCAUCUUCCAGUUUAUUUUUUCACCUUACAAUGAGGUUCUUUCUUUCUGCCUAACCGUCCUAAGCCGCAGAUUUGAGUUUCAAGCGGAUGCAUUUGCCAAGAAACUUGGGAAGGCUAAAGACUUAUAUUCUGCUUUAAUCAAACUAAACAAAGAUAACCUGGGAUUCCCUGUUUCUGACUGGCUGUUUUCAAUGUGGCAUUAUUCUCAUCCUCCACUACUAGAGAGACUUCAAGCUUUGAAAACUUCAAAACAAGAAUGAGUUGUCCAGGGUCUGCGACUGAAGACAUUUCUGAUUAUUUCUGUCCUGGCAGCAUGUUCCGGCUCUUGAUGUUUUUAAACUUUUUUUUUUUUUUAAGAAAAAUUAUUAAGUACAGAAAAGCCCAGAUUUAAAUACAUUUAAUAUUUCAUUUUAAAAAUUAUUUUAAUCAUUUCUUAAAGGAAACACUGGAUAAAAUGUUAAGGCUUAAUGUUUUUAAAGGCAUAGUUUUAUCUUUAACAUUGCAUUUACCAUCAGCUUGUAAAAUUAUUUGAGGAAAUACAGAAUUCGCUUUAUGCACACAUUUACAUAGAAUGUGCAUAUAAGGUGUCUUGGGGCAUAUGCGCGUAUGUUUAAAAGAGGACACCCAACCCCUGAGUCCUCUCUGUAAUACAGAACCAGUGACACCCAGUCGUUGGGCUCAGAUCUAAGUUGAGACUUGUUACUUUCAUACUCUUAUGAUUUAACCUGGCUAAUCAGUGUUUUAAAUAAGGAAGAAAGAUAGUAAUUGGUUAGUCUGAUGUUAUUUAAAUGAAAGUAGUCGGAAAUAUGCCCUAUUGUUCUACCAAAUUUCUCUGUUCCCUCUCUUGGUACAUACCAAUCAGGAAUUUCCAACUGUGCUUUGAAAUGAGAAAUUAUAUCUAGAAUGUUUCAAUUCAUUGGGUUAUGUUUUUAAGAAAAUCUUUAUCUUUUCUUCCACCUGGUGGGUAUAAUCCCAUUAGGGAUAAACUAGUAUUUUUCAAAACAUUCAGUUUUUUCCUCAUUCCUACUCUUUUAUUCAAUUACAGUGCAUCCUUUCACUUAGCAGAUAUUGCCAUAUUGAACAGGUUUUGCUAUUUUUAAAGUGGUGGAAUGUGGAAAGAAGAAAUGACAUUUUAAGAGACAUAAGGGUGAAAUACUGACAAUUCUCUUAUGAUAUAAUAGGAAAAAAUAUAGUUUUCUAUCUCUUUCAAGGACAGAAGAGUUUCAGUUUUUAUUUUUGUAAUUUUUAUCAAUAAGUCAUAAGUACUAUUUAAUCAGGCCUGGUUCUAUUUUUGAAAAAUUACAGUUCUUAAUAGGCAGAUAAUUUUUCUUUUCAAAACAAAUGCCUCAAAAGAUUUCUUUUCUAGUUUUCAAAGCUGCGUGUUUGACUGCUUCAAAUCUCUGUCCACUUCCUGAAUGAGAACUCUUUGUGCCUAAACUCCCACCCACUGGUAACGCUUGUCUUCUAGGCGUUUAUUCCAAAGUGGGAUCAACUGCGCACCCUCGGUAUCUGGCCUGAAAGUCUUUUGCUCAACUCAUACUUGGGUGAUGUCUUUACAUGGAAAUGUAAUAAAAAUAAAGAUCUAGUUUA